GACAGUUCAUACACAAAAAUUUAUAAUUAAGUAUUUUUAGAGAUUUUAAAGGAAAACAAUUAAUUCAAAAUAGAUUUGGAAUAUAGAAGUCAAAAGCUACUCUUAGUUUAAUGUUAUUGUUAAAUGUUUAGAUCGUAGUUAUAUAAUUAAAUUGUCAAAUAUAACUUUUGUAAAGUGUUUUUAGCUAACGCUUCCUUUUCAGUGUACGACUGUUCAUGAAUCUUGAAACAGUUGUUUCUUUGAUUAUGCAUAUCAUCUAUUACUUCUAUUGUAUAAAAAGUAGAGUUGUGAGUUAGGAAUUAAUUAAAAAUAAACAAAUUAUUAAAAGUGAGACAUAAAAAAGCAAUGGAAGUGUCUAAUGAAAUAAAGGAAGAUAUUCGCAGAACACAAUUAGAUUUGAAAAAUGCGAUACGAGUACAUCAGGUCUGGAUCGCGCGUCUUCAAGAAGAUGAAAACAAUACACAUAUAAAAUCAAAAGUUAAAGAAGCCGAAAAAGAAAUUAUUGUUAUUGGAAAAAAACAGAAACUAGUAGUUGAAAGGCUACGCAGAGAGUUAGAAUUGUAUCAACAACGUUUAAAGGCAAGAAAUAAACAGAUUAACAUCGAGAAUGAUAAUCACUAUGUAGCUCAGCAGUUACGGGAUCACCAAAUGCAAUAUCGUAACAGGAACAGAUCUAACUCUGCCUCCUUACUUAAGCCGUCUGUACUCAAUGAAAUACAUAUAGCUAGUGAGAAUCAUGCAGACAAUGGAAAAGAAAAUUUAUCUGAUUCAGAUAGUGAAUUGAAAUUAUCAAAUGAAAAAGAAAAUUCCAACCAGAGUGAGAGUGAUGAGAAGGAAAAGUAUAGAAACUAUUCACAAUUGCCUAACACAAUUGAUAGUAGAAAUAAUUUUGCUAAUGCUCUGAACAAGGUGAAGCAAGCCUUUAUCGGAACUAAGAUUCAUGACAAUGAAUGGCAAGAUCAUAGAUCUGACUCAGAUUCCUCACCAGGAGUAGAACUUUCACCGACACCAUCACCUCCACCACUUCCUGAAGCAGGGGAACAUGUGUCUCAGGAGAUAUUUAUGAGGCUAAUAGGUUUGGUCACACCAUCACAAAAGGAAUUAUUGCUUAAGAAAAGAAAUGAACGGCGCAAAAGGUCGACCACAAGUACCAACAGAAAUGAUUUUUUAUACGGAAAUUUUGAUAUGAUCUCUAAACGAAAGAAAUACAAUCAAUAUCCUUAUCUACAAACACACAAUGAUCCACCUCAGACACGUUCUGCAAAAUUAAGAAAACAACAGAGUCAGAACAAGUCAUCUCGUGAGGGAUCUCCAUCAGGAUCAUCCACAGAAAAUAAAGGUUGGAGUAAUGCUAAACCAUUGUGGGCUGCUGCUCUGCCGGCAGGUCUUUCAGUUGAACCGGUUUAUUCGUCGACAAAAAAAGUUUGUAAUAGCUGUGGAAGAAAUGACGUGCCAUCGCUGCUGGUUUGGUGCGCGGGGUGCUGCGUGUGGCAGCACACGGGCUGCGGAGACGGACUGUGCGCAGCGUGCGAGGCUCCGUUGCCAGACCCUGCCGCCACUCCCGCUUCCGUCGGCUCGCACCACCACGCUCACCACACCCACCACGCCCACCACGCCCUGCAUUCCGACGACGCGCAGCUCUAUCGAGAUAAAAUUGCGGAACGAAAACGUUUACAAGAAAAAAACAUAGAAUUAUGCGAAGAGUUACGAAAAUUAGAAGCUAGAGCAGCGUCACUCAAAGAGAACUUAAAUGAUCAUAAUGCUGAGAAACGACAGCUCCUUGCAAACCAAAUUAAGACGCAGAGAAACCUUCAGAAGCUUCUGGACUUCAUCAGUCAGUUCAAGGAGACGUCCAUCAGUAUACGCUCCACGUCAGUCAGUGACUCUGGUAGCGAGAUUAGUAAAAGCAACGAGGAUUGAAGUGAUAGAAGAUCUGCCUGUGUCUCUGUAUCUAAUGUUUUGGUGGAUAUAGUGUUUUAUACAUAGUAUGAUUGUUGUAGUUUUGAUACAAAGUAGAUAGUUUAAGAUGCUUUCGUCAGAUGCCCUUUACAAAAGUAAAAUAUCAUACUGAUUUAUGUGAUAAAUGAACGAGUACGAGUAUAAUGUUGUUUGACUUUUACUUCUAAUUGAAAUGUUAUAUGAAAUAUUACAUAAAUCACGACUUGAAAGAUUUUUAAGAAUCUUAGAAUGUAUUUUUAUUUCAGCAUAUGCAUAUGUUGUUUUUAGGAUUAAUCUUAAAAAUAUUACUUAGCAUAGAAAAAAUAUUACAAUAAUAUUUUUUCUAUGAUUACUAGUAUUUUUCAAUCAACAAAGACUGACGAAAGUAACGAAGUAGCCAUGUUAUUGCGUAAUUCAUGGGUGUAGAUGAAAUGAUGUUUUGUAAUGAAUUAAUAUUUAAGAUUCCUAAGUUACAAUGUUUAUUAUUAUAAAAAUAUCAAUUUCUAAUACUUUUAAAACCAUCAAAUGAUUUUAAUAAUACAUACAUCCGUUAAAUAUUCAAUUUCAAUUAUUUUGUAUGUUUUUUUAUCAAAUGUUGUUAAUGAAUGAGAGUAUGCUGAACCAUGAAAUUAUUUUAAUAUCUCUUUAAUAAUAUUUUUGUAAUUACGAAGUAAAAUUGAGAAAGAGUCGAUUAUUCAUUAACUUCUAUUACUUACUGUUUGCCAAGAACUGUGAAAUUAAUAAUGACUUAAUUUCGUUGUCCUUACAUUAUAAAUUGAUUUAUCAGUAAGUAAUUAUUUCAAUGUACUUUAUUUAAAUGAAUUAUAUUCAUGAAAAUAAUAGCCAAAAGAAGUGUUCAGUAUUAUUUCUAAAUUAAAUGUAAGUA